AAAAUAAUCACAAAGUGACAAGCGAAUUCCGAAUUUUUUUGCAACUUGUAAAAUAAAAUAAUUUGUUUUUUGUCACAAAUUUAUCUCAAAUUAUUGUUAAUUAAUUAACGGAAUUAUCGAAUAAUUGUAAAAUACAGUCCGCAGCUUAUAAAACAAUCGGUGUGUUUUGUGUUUGUCAACUCCCUGCAGUAAUAUGGAAGAAAUCGGUAUCGUCUUAGAUAAGGAUGAUGGAAUCGAUAAAACUCAGUCAGCUACCCGUGCUUUAAAUAGUCAGCAAUUCGACGAACUCGACGAAAAUGAUUUAUACAAGGAGUACAAAAAACUGCAACGGCAGUUGGAAUUUUUGGAAGUUCAAGAAGAAUACAUCAAAGACGAACAGCGUAAUCUGAAAAAAGAAUAUCUACAUGCUCAAGAAGAAGUAAAACGUAUUCAAAGUGUUCCUUUGGUUAUUGGCCAAUUUUUAGAAGCCGUCGAUCAAAACACCGGAAUCGUUGGAAGCACUACUGGCUCUAAUUAUUAUGUUCGAAUUUUAUCGACGAUCGAUCGUGAAUUAUUGAAACCAUCGGCCAGUGUUGCCCUACAUAAACACAGUAAUGCUCUAGUUGACGUUUUACCUCCUGAAGCCGAUUCUUCCAUUUCUAUGUUACAAGCUGAUGAAAAACCGGAUGUGCAAUAUUCCGAUAUCGGUGGUAUGGAUAUGCAGAAGCAAGAAAUUCGAGAAGCUGUAGAAUUACCUUUAACGCAUUUCGAAUUAUAUAAACAGAUUGGUAUCGAUCCUCCGCGAGGUGUGCUUAUGUUCGGACCUCCAGGCUGUGGUAAAACUAUGUUAGCUAAAGCUGUAGCUCAUCACACGACAGCUGCUUUUAUUCGCGUCGUUGGUUCUGAAUUCGUGCAAAAGUAUUUGGGUGAAGGUCCACGUAUGGUUCGAGACGUAUUUCGUUUAGCCAAAGAGAACGCUCCCGCUAUUAUUUUUAUCGAUGAAAUCGAUGCCAUUGCUACGAAACGAUUCGAUGCUCAAACCGGUGCCGAUCGAGAAGUUCAAAGAAUCUUGUUAGAAUUGCUGAAUCAAAUGGACGGAUUUGAUCAGACCACGAAUGUCAAGGUUAUUAUGGCGACUAAUCGUGCCGAUACUUUGGAUCCUGCUUUAUUGAGACCUGGUCGUCUUGAUCGUAAAAUCGAAUUCCCUCUGCCUGACAGAAGGCAAAAACGUCUCAUAUUUGCUACGAUUACAUCAAAAAUGAAUCUAAGCGAAGAAGUCGAUUUAGAAGACUACGUUGCUCGACCAGAUAGAAUUUCCGGCGCUGAUAUCAACGCUAUUUGCCAAGAGGCCGGAAUGCACGCUGUCAGAGAAAAUCGUUAUAUUGUUCUCGCUAAAGAUUUCGAGAAAGGGUAUAAAAAUAAUGUCAAGAAGAGUGAACUUGAACACGAAUUUUAUAAAUAAUCUUUUUUUCUUUUGUAUCAUAACUUAAUUGUAAGCGAGCUGAAUUUUGUUAAUGUGUAAUAAUAUUAGAUAAACGAUUUUUUAUCAA